UUGGCACUUGACACAAUGGCGUGGAUUACAGAAUAACACGAUCGGAUUAUUACUUAUUAUUGUAAUAUAUUAUAUAGGUAUAGGUACCCAUUGGCCAUAAUAUAUUCAGUACCUGUAUUUUACAGUAGUAUACCUAUUAUUACUUUUUUUUUAUAGUAUUGUUCAUUAAUUGUUCGUUUUAUUGAUAUUUAUUUAAUCGCGAAUUCGUGCGGCAAACAUCAAGAUGUUUUGUUGCGGAAUAUGUAAUGCCGUAUUUACCGGAAUGUAUCCCGAAACAGUACUUGCAACUCCAUGUGGUCAUUUGUUUCAUGCUGAAUGCCUUGGCAUGUGCUUCAACAAAUUGUCAAACCUAGAAGCUAAAUGCCCAUUUUGUUCACUAUGCAUAAACCCAUCUAAAAUGAUCAAGAUACAUCUCCAAAUAGGUACAAAUUGGAAAGAUACCGCAGCAGCUUUAAAAAAACAGGCCAAUACAAGCAUCAUUAAUUUGGAUGAAUCAUUAAUGAACAACUCGAGUUGCAGAUCUGUAAUGCCGGAAAAUUGUAUAGAUUUGAACAAUUCAAGCUUUGAUGAAACUCUUGACAAUUCUGUUUUAGACUUAAUGCCCAAAUUACCGGUAUUUUAUGCCAAUACAAGCAUCGUUAAUUUGGAUGAAUCAUUAAUGAACAACUCAGUAAUGAUGGAUUUGAAGAGUCAUAGAAAAACUAUGCUUACUACUUCCCUGUCUGGUGUUAUCCUGGCAGAAGUAACGGAAAACAUUUUAUCAAUCUUGAAUCAUGUCAUAGAAAAUUCCAUAAUAGUAGGACGAUCGCUUAUGUCUGAAAAAAAAUUAAUAGACACAGCUAGGGAAACUGGGUACUCCGGCAUAAUAAUAAUACUUACGAACUUAGGGUACCCAGUUGGCAUAAGUUUUAUUGAUUUAAUACAUAAUUUAAAACUCAAUGUUACAGUAACAUCAUAUAAAUGCUUCAAUAAUAAAAAUGCUAUUAAUAAUAAGGAUACAUAUUUAACCACAAAAAAUGAACAAAAAUUAAAUGAACUUCAACAGUUUAUAUUUAAUUUUUUUUCUAAGCCUGGGGAUCUCAAAGAUUGUGUGAACAGAAUUUUAUUUCCCUGCCCUGAUAAUUGUUAUGAUAUGAAAUUUACUCAUAAUUUGGGUAAUUUAAUUAUAAGUUUUAUCAUUAAAUUGCCACUUUAUAAUAAUAACCAUGACGAUAUCAAGGCUAUCAAUUAAAUUAAAAAAAAUUCAUUAACAAUAAUGUCAUAUUGUCAUGUUAUAUUUAUAUUUUAUUUCCAUGUAGUUAUACAAAAUAUUGUUAGUAAAAUUAUUUAUUUUAAUAAUUAAUCCAACAAAAAUAUUAUUUUAAUGCUUUUUAUUGUAUAUUUUGUAUAAAACAUUUAUUUACAUUUUAUUUGUCUCACCAAAAAACAUAUUUAAAUGCCUAGCAAGAACUAUUGUUUCAAAGAAUUGUACAUCAAUCAUUAUUUUUUGUUUUACUUACAUAUUAUGUUUAAUUUUUUUUUUUAUAAAACUAUAUAUAGAGGCCCAAAUAAGAUAUGUGUAGUAUUUUAUAAGAUAAUUUUAUGUUUUGAAAGAUUUAUGAAAAUCAAUUUUUAAUAAUCAAAAUGUGCAUAGGUAUAUUAUUUAUUUAAUAUCCCCAAAAAAUAGUUUUUAAUGUUUUUUUAAACUUUGUACAAUACUCAUCUGCAUAUUGUGUGAAUAUCUGAUUAUAUUACAAUCUAAUAUUGUACUUUAUUUAUGAUAUUUCAAAUAAUAUAUUAUAUUA